AUGGAUCCCGAUAGACUGGAAGAUGCGUUGGAUCUGUCGAAGGACAGGUCCCAGAACCAGGGUGUGUACAUUUACCAGCCCGCAAAAGCUGGCAAAGCUUCCGGUGAACGACCCUCGAAACGCCGUAAGGUCUCGAUGAACAAAGAAUCGAAUGAGAAACCCGAUAGCCCAGGCUUUGUGUCCUUGUUGAACGGAGACGAGAGCGCCGAGUGUGUGAAGUUGCGAUACGACACCUACAAGCAACUAUGGGCGGAGCAAGAACGCAAGAUUCAGUUGGUUCUUGAAGAUGUUGACGCUGGCGUUUUGAAGGACGUGCUAGCUUUCGUGAGGGAGACAUCACCACAAACGUGCAACGGAUGUAUUCCGACAGCACUAGUCACUGUGGGAUCCAAUGUCUCCUCGCUCAGUAGAUUGCUCUCUCGCCUCAAUGAUCAACUCACAUCGACCAAUGAAGGUGGUGUGAUCGUCCUCGAGUCCGGCGAUGCACCCAAUUUAAAAACAUCCUUGAAAAACAUCAUUCGAGCGGCAGUGACCAACACCGAGGGAAAUGAUGGCUACCAGAGAUUCCUCACAGAUCGUUCUGGACCUCGAGUGCUCGGGUAUGAUUUAGAUCUACUCUACGACUACGUCCAAAGGAGAGGCACCAAAAAAUUAGUGCUUGCUUUCCGGGACAGUGAAGCCUUUGAUCCCGGUCUAUUGACCGAUCUGUUUUCACUUUUCACAUCCUGGCUUGAUCGGAUACCAUUCACAAUAUUGCUUGGAAUUUCAACAUCUGUUGAGAUCUUUGAAGGUCGGCUACCCCGCUCGUGUGUCUCGUUGCUCCAGGGAAAGCACUUUGAGGUUCAAGAAGCAGGUAACUGCGUGGACCGUAUCUACGCAGCGCUUCAGACUAGCUCAGAUGGAAGAAUUUGGGUUGGUCGCAAUAUAAGUAGCACCCUGUUUGAAAGAGCAAGCGACUAUUUCCAAACCCCUGAAGCCUUCAGUCGCAUGGUCAAGUACGCGUGCAUGUCGCACUUUUUUGCCAAUCCCCUCGCUGUGCUUCUGGGAAAUCUAGACAUUUCUAUCCUGUCGCAAGGCCAAUUUUGUGAAGCUAUCAGAAACCUACCGUCAUUCCGAAUGUUUUGUGAGGACCUAGUAGAAACAGGUUCCACAAAUGAAGCGCGGAGUAUGAUAGAGGACGAUGCUUAUCUACUGCGGGCAGCCUUGGACCACGUUGACGCCGGUCAGCAAGCAAUGCGUCACCUCUUCCGUGCAGUGCUUGUCAUCCAUACAUGUCUCCAACAUACCCAGGCCACGAAAAAGAUGACCAUCUCAGAUCUCUCGGUUCGUGCCCUUGCUGGGGAACUCAUUGAGUCACCACUUGUGGAGGAUAUGCUGGCCACGGUCAGGACUCUCGACUCUGAGAAGCUGGGCGAAGUGCUAGACACCCUUCCAAAGACACUAUCAGAUGAUUCGCCUCUCCCUGGAAUUCAAGCCGAUUUGAAGGUCUUGCUACAGGCAUAUCCUGGCUCUUUACCGUUACGCAGCGAAUAUAAUAUCAACAGCUCUGUGAUGAAAACAACUGUUAUUCAGCAACGGGUUCUGCUCACCAAGGGCAAAGCCAAUCUGCCCGAGCAAGAUAUUGAGUACACUCAGAUCAUCGAUCGUCUAGUGGGUGCGUUGCAGGAGUAUUUUACCGAGACUUUGGCUCGACCACAGGAUCUCUUCAUGCAUGAAGCGUUUGUUUAUGACCUGCGCAAUCCCCUGAAAGAAACCUUCACGCCUCGGCCCCGUUUUGCUAUUGAACGUGCCCUGGCUAGUCCGUUUGAUUAUUUGAUCUCUACUGAUGCUGCUGCUGUCGGGGCCAAGAUCUCCGCAAAACAGCCAGCUACUGCCAUCUUGUAUCAACUUUAUCUGGAGUCAGGUGCGCUGGUCAACGUUCAUGAUCUGUGGCAGGCUUUCUAUGGAAUCUACGAAAGCGACCAAGGCAAGAAGAAAGUCGAUGAGCGAGUGGUCAUGUCUUUAUUCUAUAGUGCUUUGUCCGAUAUGAAGAUGUUUGGCAUGAUUAAGACUAGUCGGAAGAAGACUGAUCACUUGGCCAAGUCGGCAUGGAUGGGAUUGUAG